ACCGGAAGUAAAGGGAGGUUCGAGCCGCACCGCUCUUUCCUCUCCGGGCUUCGUCUCUGUGGUCCGUCCUGGCAUAGCUUUACGCCGCAGGGUUGCUAAGCGGUCACCGGGUGGAAAGCGGGUCUGAGGCGCGAAAGGAGCCCUUGACGGCGGGACCGGAGAGAAGGGUUUGGGAGUGGUUCGGGCGUUGGCACUUGACACGGGAAAACAGCCGGAGCUCCGUUUCGGACGUUGCGAGCCACCACUCUUCCUGAGUCGAGCCGCCGGCUGACCUGGGGGCUGGGAACUGGCCGGACGGGAAAAUGGGCACCAAGGCUGACCCGCUCCUGAUUGUGGUGUCCAUUCUGGAAGGCCGUUAUUUUCCUAAACGUCCAAAGCAUACACUUGUAGUAGAAGCAAAAUUUGAUGGUGAACAAUUAGCUACGGAUCCAGUGGAACAUACAGAUCAACCUGAAUUUGCCACAGAACUAGCUUGGGAACUUGACAGGAAAGCACUCCACCAACACAGGUUACAACGUACACCUAUCAAGUUACAGUGCUUUGCUAUGGAUUCAUUGUCGGUAGCUAAAGAGGCUGUAGGUUACAUUGUACUAGAUUUAAGAGCAGUUCAGGAAAGCAAACAGCCACCAAAGUGGUAUCCUUUACUUAGCAAUAGAUAUACAAAGUUUAAACCUGAGCUACAACUAAGUGUCAUGUUAGAAGCUGAUACCAAAGCAUCCGUGGAUGGUUUUAAAGCCAAGGAAGCACCUCCCAGAGAUGUAACAGUGGCUCGUCAACUCCCUGGUUUAGAUCCCAAAAAUCUUGCAGCAGUGUUGAAUGAAGAGGAGGGCUAUCAUCAGAUUGGACCAUCAGAACACUGCAGAGACUACUUUGUUUUGUCUGUUACAGUUGCUUUUGCUGCGCAAUUAGAACAGUUAAUCCCAACUACAAUGAAACUUCCUGAGCGACAGCCUGAAUUUUUCUUCUACUAUUCACUGCUGGGCAACGAUGUUACAAAUGAACCAUUCACCAACUUGAUGAAUCCAAACUUUGAGCCAGAAAGAGCAUCUGUUAGAAUCCGCAGUAGCGUUGAAGUUCUAAGAGCUUAUUUUUUGGCUCAUUCAAAGUUGCAGAUCCAUCUUUGCUGUGGUGACCAGUCUCUUGGAAGCACUGAAAUACUUCUAACUGGAUUGUUGAAAAAAGGAAAUGUAGAAAUCAGUCAACAGCCAGCUGUUAUUGAAGGAGCAUUCAUUCUUGCCCCACCUAACAGAGCCCGGCAAAAACUGCCACCAGUUCCAGAUAUGGCCCCCACUGUUGGUGUAUCGGUAUCACUACAAAAAGAUAGCAAAGUUUCACAGUCUAUAACCCAGUUAGGUUCGAAGACUGAGUCUGAAAAUAUGAAAAGAGCUUUGUCUCCUGUAUGUGACCAAGAAAAAAGUCCUGAACACAAUUCCAAUAAUGCACCACCCCAGUCUCAGAAUUCACCUCCUGUAAAAGAGGAUGCAACAGAAAGUGAAGUGGAAAGCCUCCAGUAUGACAAGAACCCAAAGCCACAGAAAAAGGCCUUGAAUGUCCGGGUACCUGUUUCCCAGAAUCAGCGUGUCACCACCUCUGAAUCUAAUACAGGGCAAAAAAUUGCUGUUCCAGCAGCAGCCCAUCAUUUCUGCUUCUCGUUAGACUUAAGAAGUAUCCUUAAUCUGGACGCUGGGUUUUCUGUCAAUUGCAUGUUAAGGUACUCAUAUCCAUUUUUUGGCAGCGCUGCGCCCAUCAUGACAAAUCCUCCUGUGGAAGUAAGAAAACACAUGGAAGUGUUCCUUCCUCAGUCCUACUGUGCAUUUGAUUUUGCAACUAUGCCCCAUCAGCUUCAGGAUACCUUUUUCAGGUUACCAUUGCUGGUGGAACUGUGGCACAAAGACAAAACAACCAAAGACGUGCUUCUAGGAAUUGCAAGACUCCAGCUUUCUCAUGUUUUGACCAUGGACAAAACCCGUUUUCUAGGUGCUCAUGGGGAACAGUGCUGGCGUCAGACCUUCAGCGAAACCAUCCCCGUUACAGCAGCACAAGGGCCAAGCAACAAGAUUGCAGAUCUUUCAUAUACUGUGACUCUAGAAGAUUAUGGGGUUGUGAAGAUGCAUGAGGUUGUGGUGUCUGAUUCUUCCCAUUCUUUAGGUGUUAAUGAACCAGCAGUGGUUCCUCCACCUCAGCUGCAUAAUGUUGCUGAAGUCCCACCAGAGCCACGAGAAACUCUCGAAUACAAAGCAGCACUUGAGUUGGAAAUGUGGAAAGAAGUACAAGAGGAUCUUUUUGAAAAUCAGCUGAAGAAGAAGGAGCUGGCUCAUAUGCAAGCUCUUGCAGAGGAGUGGAGAAAAAGGGAUCGUGAGAGGGAAGCAUUGGUGAAGAAAAAAGUUGCGGAAUACUCAGUUUUGGAAGAAAAGCUUCAGAAAACUUUGACAGACUUAGAGAAGCGUGAAAAACAGCUUGUCAGUGCUGAAACUGAGCUCCAGAGAUUAAAGAAAGAGUUGCAAACAGAGCAUGAGCGAAAUCGACAGGAGCUUGAAGAUGCAAUGCGGCGCAUCAAAGAAGAGUGUGCACAUCAGGUUGAGUUGGAGAGGUCAAGGAUCAGACAGUUGGAAGAGGACAAGGUCCGCCUUCAUCAACAACUCUAUGAGGCAGAAAGCAAGCAUAAAGCUCUGGAAAAAGAGUUUCAACAAUAUAAAGAGCAGCAAAGCAGCAAACCAGAAAUCCGUCUGCAGUCAGAAAUAAAUAUUCUGACUUUAGAAAAGGGGGACCUUGAAAGGAAAUUGGAAUCGGCCACUAAGGCAAAACUGCACUACAAGCAACAGUGGGCACGAGCUUUGAAGGAACUAGCAAGGCUAAAACAGCGUGAGCAAGAGAGUGCGAUGGCUCGCCUUAAAAAACAGCAACAAGAGCUUGAGCACAUGAGACUUCGGUACCUGGCAGCCGAGGAGAAAGAACUGGGGAAGGCACAACGGCAAGAGCUAGAGGAUAUCAGAAAUGAACUGAACAGAUUAAAACAGGAGGAAGACAAAAAGCAAUCCCAAGAUCCUCAAGAUGUUUUGGGGGCGCAGCUGCAAAAUUCCCACAGUCGACAAGCCGACGAGAGUUUAGAUGACUACCUUGCACGUCUCAUAGAUGAGAGGGAUACCUUGUUGCGUACUGGUGUAUAUAAUCAUGAAGACCAUAUUGUCAGUGAGCUUGAUCGCCAAAUCAGUGAGGUGCUUGCGAAAAGAAGCAGAAGCAAGUAGCAGAACCCGAAGAACUGAAUGUGUAUUUUUUAGUAAGAAGUCCCAAGUUUUUGAUAGUGAUUUUGAAGGACUCGUGCACCUGCUUUGACUUUGACUCUGAAAACAUAGCACAAUAUAAAAAUAUCUCUAUUAUUGAAGUCUGAAGAGAGAAGCAUUCACUGAAUGUUUCAGAUCUUUUUAAAAUGUUUGUCCAUAUUUAUUUUUGUAGAUGGUUGAGUACUCAACAUUGUGUCACUACACCAUUGCCUCAGCUGGUUUUAUUUAUAAACACUUGUAAAAUUUCAGUUCUACAUUUCUAUUCAGCAUUACUGACUGCUUGUUUUAUAACUGUUUAUCUGCCUACUUUUUUAUACAUUUAUAUGAAAACAACAAUUUAAAUAAAAUUGAACAAGGAAAAAGACUGCUCUAAUUUGUGUAAAAUCAGUGUAAAGGUACAUGCAUUGCACUUUGCACCUUUGAAAAUAUUCAGAUUAUCACAGAUUAUUUGAAACAAACUACUGUAAUUGCCUGUAAAUAUUCACUUAUAUUUUCUUACACUAAUAUUGUUUUCACUGAAGCAUUCUAGUACUUACUGGACUAGGUCCUCUAUUAAUCCUGCUUGAAAUCAGUUAUUGGAACAAAUCAGACUUCUCAGUCAUAACUGCAGAUACUUGUUUCCUUGAGUUUACCCUAGGCAGGGGUAGCAUUGCAUUUAUGUAUUUAUUUAGAACAGUGAAGGUUUGGUUGGAAAGUUCCUGCACAGCUUAACUCCCCAGUCGAGAUAUCCACACUGGAGGACUCCACAUUUCUAGGUGGAGAUUCUUUGUGUAUAGCAGUCCAUAAGUAUAUUCAUGAACCAUCCAAAGUAAGUUGUCUAGUUUUUGAAAGAUGCCAUAAAGGUAAUGUAAAAAUACUCGGUUUGCAUGUCUAUCGGACAAGAAGCUUUCUGUUAGCAACAAACCACAAAAACAAGAAGUGGCUGAGUAGAAAAAUUGUUAAAUCUAAUACUGUUAUUUAUUACAGUCUUGUGAAAAGAAAUUAUGUGAUGACAGUCACUCUGGUUGUAUUCAGAGAGGAAUCUCUUCUAAAGAGUGUACAUUUACACCAACUCAGCCUCAUUGGAGAAGUUUUCAACAUAAUUUCCAGUACUAAUUGAGCAUCAUCUGCAUGGUACUCAAUGUGUAGUUAAAACAGAUUAGACACAAAUGUGCAUAUAAUAUGUAGGACCACUCACAUGGGUAGCAUCGAUGGGAAUGCAGCUCCGAAUUUAUUAAUGGGUACUGCUGUCAAUGUAAUCUUGGUUCACUAAUUGAAGACAACUGCCUCUGGAUUGGAACUUCUAUAGCUGAAAUUGAUCCCUGUAUUCUCUAUUGUUGUGUAUAACCACUAGGCUUUUAUAUACAUGCAGUUAGAUCUUAGGGUUCAUAUUGUAUUUUUCCCCUACUAGCAGAUUAGUAAGAAUCUGUCUGUCUCAAUAUGCUUUCAUGGUAUAGCCACAAUUAAAAAAUACUUAGGCUACAGGUACCUGUAUUCAAAACUGCUGUCCUUUGUAAGCUGUAGUGCAUAAAUGACCCAGCUCAGUACUGGUAACUGUUAAUAUAGACAGACAGGUGUAGUCAAUCCUGUGCUUAGCUCCUCUAGACAUGUGAUGUGGUAAAAUCAAGCAUUAAAAUUUUUUGCUUCUUAAACAGGUAUGUUAUAUACAGUGAUUUAUUUAAAACAGGUUUUCUGUAUUGUUGCUAUAGCCCAUCAAAUUGUGUUUGAUUUAUGGUAACCCUAAUAGGGUUUUCAAGGAACAUGAGAUGUUCAGGGAGUAGUUUACAAUUGCCACACAUGCACAUUGUGUGUUUGCAUGGUUUAGCAGGGAUUUGAAUCAAGGUCCUCUGAGUCCUAGUCUGACACUCUGGUACAGUGCAGUACACUGGCUGAAAGUUUGCCACACAGUACUGAAAAAAUUGUUCUUUUAAAUUGUGGAACAAAAAAGCACUUUAAAUAGCAUAGAAACACUGACUUUGUUUAUAAAUAUACCAUCUAUUCACUUUUUUUAUUAGAGGCCAUUUUUUAAAAUUAC